GGUGGAGAGUCACGUCAGACUUCAGACCGCUGCAGGAGGCGGGACCUGAGCUGCAGGAGGUCCUGAGGAAGGCAGGAAACAGGUAUCACAUCUUCAGCAACCUCAAACUCAACGAUCGUGGACAGGUCCUGGAUCUGCUGGAGAAGGUGGAGGAGAUGGUUGGUGCCAACGGAGGAGAGUUUUACUCCAACUACACCUACCAGGAGGUGGUGACGAUGCUGCGUCAGAGAGAGGCCAAGCUCAGAGAGUUCUACAAGAAGAAAGUGGAGGAAGAAAUCAAACGUGUGGAGUCAAAGUACGAGAAGAAGCUGAGUGAAGCUCAACAGAAGCGUCAGAAGGUGGAGGAGAGGCUGCAGGCUGAGCUGCAGGAGGUGAAGCGCUACUAUCGGGUUUUAGAGAGCGGAGUCCGUCAGGUCGUGGAGCAGAUGGUGCCGACUGACUCCUUCAGUGAAGUUCUCUCCCAGUUUAAUGAGACUCAGAGGCUAAAAUUCACUUCUUAACCCUAUGGGCCCGAACAACGCAUAGUGCGUCCAAAUUCACACCUGUUCUUCUCUCUGGAUUUUCUCUGCGACCGUUCGUCAUAGCAAGAAGCCACACAUAUCACGUAAAAAAGCGGAACCGCCUCUGACCAGAGAACAGAGAAGUAAGUCAAGAUCAUGUCGACAAGAAAACGUACAGAAUUUUUUUUUACUGCAAAGUGGCAAAUAUUAUCUUGGAGGACAUCAGUGCACUUGGGUGACUAUUUUUCUAUGAUC